AUGGCAGCGGCUGUGCGCACUGCGGGCACGAAACUCAGCCCCCCGUCCCCCGUCACUACAGUGCGUCCCGGGAUCCGGCGUCGCGCCCUUCGAACGCAGCAGCGCGGAUGGUCGGGACGCCCUGUAGUGGACCGGAAAACGGAGCUCAGCGCGCGUAGCAGGGUAGCGGCGAGCGCCGCCGAGGGCACGACCGAGGUCAUCGAGUGGGACGUCGUCGCGUACCGCGCGGGCGACGACGACGAGCCAUCCAGCGUGCGGCUAGGACGGGUGACGUGGGUCGGAGAAGAAGAGAUUGAGGCGGAUCCGCUAGUGGAGGACGAGGAGGAGCCCGGGGUGUGGGUGCCGCAAAAGUCGGUCGAACCAGCGACCGUCCCGCUGCGCAACGUCCUCGAGGUUGUACAGCACGAGUACUCUCAGCGGCAGGAGAAGGAGAACAACCCGCACAGCGAGCACGCCGAGGACGUGUUCACGGUGCAGGAGACCGGGCUGCGGUCGGACGUCUUAGCGGCGCUCAGGCGGCGGUGA